AUGGACUUUGUGAGCCCAAUCUUGGAUGCUACAUGUCGAUUAUGUGGUUGCAUCAGAGACACUACAUACUAUAUUCGCUAUCUCCAAGAUAAUCUCAACUCUUUGACAACUGAAAUGGAAACAUUGAAAGGCCAAAGAGAUGAUGUGAAGACACAAGUUGAAGCUGCCGAGAGGCUGCCGAUGCAACAACGCACGAAACAAGUCGAUGGCUGGCUUCAAAGAGUUCAACAACUGGAGAGGGAAGUGGAAGAGCUUCUCCAACAGGGUGAUGAACAGAUCCAGCAUAAGUGUCUCAAAAUAUGUCCCAGAAAUUGCUGGUCUACCCAUAAGCUCGGAAAGAGAGUAUCCGAGAAGCUACAGACUGUCUCUAAUAUGAAGAGUGAAGGUAAUUUCAGUACUGUGGCUGUACCCAUGGCUGCUGAACACGCCGAAGAAACUCCUCUUGAUAGGACUGUGGGCUUGGAUGCAAAUUUUCACAAGCUCUCGAGUCUCCUUAGAGAAGACGGAACUGAAAUCAUCGGAAUAUGCGGGAUGGGGGGCGUCGGAAAGACGACCCUCUUGAAGAAAAUCAACAACGAGCUUGCAAUUCAAUCGCGUAGUGAAUUCGAUGAAGUUAUAUGGGUUACGGUGUCCAAAGAUCUGAGUACUGUCGAAAGCAUUCAAGACAAAAUUGGCACGAAACUACGAUUUUCAGAUGAAAAGUGGAGGGGUAAAAGCCAAGAGGAAAAGAAGGCUGAUAUCUUCAAAGUGUUGAAGAGGAAGAAAUUUGUGCUACUGUUGGAUGACAUAUGGAAACGAAUCGAUCUUCUUGAAGUGGGAGUUCCGGUUCCAGACAGUCAAAAUAAGGCCAAGAUAAUAUUCACCACCAGAUUUGAGGAUGUGUGCGGUCUUAUGCAAGCUAAGAAGAAUAUAAAGGCGGAAUGCUUGGCAUGGGAGGAAGCUUGGGAUUUGUUCAAAGAAAAGGUGGGAGAAGAGAUGAUCAAUUCUGACUCUGAAAUAGCAACGCUGGCAAAAGAAGUUUGCAAAGAAUGUGCGGGUUUGCCACUUGCACUUUGUACGAUUGGACGAGCCAUGGCCAGCAAGAGAACCCCCCAAGAAUGGGAUUAUGCAGUAAGUGUGUUGAAGAAAUCUAUAUUCAAAUUUUCAGACAUGGGAGACCAGGUGUUUCCUCUUUUGAAGUUCAGUUAUGAUAACUUGCCUGAUGAAACAAUUAAGACUUGUUUCUUAUAUUGUGCUUUGGUCCCAGAAGAUUAUAAUAUUGAUGUUUUUGAUCUCAUAAAAUUAUGGAUAGGUGAGGGGUUUCUUGAUGCGGAAUGUGAUGAUAACAUUGAUGAUGCUCGUAAGUUGGCAUAUGAUAUUAUUUGUAGGUUGAAACUUGCAUGUUUGUUGGUGGAGAGCUCAGAUUCCAAUCAUGUAAACAUGCAUGACCUGAUUCGGGACAUGGCAUUGUGGAUAGUUUGGGAGAAGGGGAUAGUUUGGGAGAGUGGGAGCGGAGAAAGUCAUAAGCUAAUUUCUAAAUGGGAGAAGACCGAACGAGUAUUUUUGUCAGGUAUUUCAAUUGAAAAAUUAAGCGAAAGUACUCCUAGAUGCCCCAAUCUUUUGACUUUAAUUCUAUGUGAUAAUAAUGAUUUGAGGACCAUUUCUAAUAGCUUUUUCCAAUUUAUGCCUGCUCUCAAAGUUCUAGACCUGGCAGGUAAUAGUAAUCUAAGAAAGUUACCAACGAGCUUGUUGGGGUUGGUUUCAUUGCAAUAUCUUGAUCUCUCGGGUACGGGCAUAAGGGAAUUGUCAAUUGAGUUUAAGUCAUUGGUAAAGUUGAAGUAUUUAUAUCUGAAUAACAUGUGGCAACUUGAUACAAUCCCGCCGCAAGUCAUGUCAAGUCUUUUGAGUCUUCAAAGGUUGGAGAUGCGCGGCAGUGGUGUUUCAUCGAAGGGAAAUAUUGAUGAAGGCAACAGCUUCUUGUUUGAUGGUAAAGAAUUGUUAUGGGAUGAAUUGGAAUGCUUGAAUCACCUGCAAUAUCUAAGUUUGACAGUGAAAACAGAGAUUGCUCUCCAAAAAUUAUUAAGUUCCCAAAAGCUGUCAAGUUUCACGUUUGGUUUAUGCAUUACUCAAUUCAAAGGCUCAAGUUCACUGCGAAUGUCUUCUUUACAGAAGAAGAUGGAGAAACUAGAAAUUCUUGAAAUUGAAAGAUGUAAUGAUAUAGAGGAGUUGACAAUGGGUGGGAUGAGGUGGGAGGAAAGAGAAAGAGGCGCAUUACCUCACAAAAACCAUCAUCAUCCGUUGCAGAAGAGUAUAACAGACGGAAGCAGAAGCUUUCAUAACCUUCGGGAAGUUGGGAUUUUCAAUUGCAAUGUUUUGAAGGAAGUAACAUGGCUAAUUUGGGUGCCAAACCUUGAAACUUUAGAUAUUGGGUCGUGUGAUGCAAUGGAAAAAGUAAUAAAAGAUGCGGAGGAGGAUUGCAGUAGUGAUGAAGAUGAAAUUAUUGGCGGGGAAUUGAGUGCAUUCGCAAGGUUACAAACAUUGACUCUGCUUUAUCUACCAGAGUUAAAGAGCAUUUACAGUCAUCCAUUGCCCUUCCCCUCUCUCACUAAAAUUGAAGUGCUUGGAUGUCCCAAGCUUAACAAACUUCCAUUGGACUGCAACAGUAGUGGGAAAGGCAGACUACGAGAAAUUGGCUGUGAAGGAGAGUGGCGCGAUAAGUUAGAAUGGGAGAAUGAAGAAACUCGCUCUGCUUUCUUUCCUCUUUUCAAAUGCCCACAAGAAGAAGUUGAUGUUUCCUGA